UAUAAAAGGAAGGUUACCUGGCUUAGUUCUGUACCCGGAUUCGUACCACCCGUUGCUCUUUAUGAAUAUUCUGGUGAUGCUCCUAAGGAUUUGAGGGAAUCGCUUCCUUCAUGCUCAGCUGAGAUUUAUGACAAAAUAUUUUGCAGUAGAACUGAGGAUGUUACUGGUGAAGCUAAUGUAGACUGUUUGUCUUUGGUCAUCAAUGAGUAUCCUCACCUGAGAAAAGCUGUUGGAGGCCACACACUACCUUAUGUACCUGAAAAAUGCCUUAACAUGGAUGUGAUGCUGAAGAGUGUGAAGAAUAUAACAAAAACUGGAAAUGUGCUGAAGCAAAUUCCUGAUGGACUGAAAGAGAAUGAGUUCUUUAUAGUAGAUGCUGAGAUGUUUUUGCAUAAGCAGAAUAUAGAAAGAUGUAAUACGUGGAAUGAUGACUCAGGCCCUUGGGACUAUGAGAAUAGUGUCUUUGAGAACUGCCUUUACUCAUGUGACCUCAAGGAAUCAUUCAGGGGUGUAGAAAUGAAAGAAGGUUUGUAUUGUGCUGUGCAGUGUAAAGAUGUAUAUCUACCACUUGUUCCGCAACCAAACUUAGAUGAUAUUAUCAGUGUUCAGAGGUAUGAUGUCUGUCAUAAGUACUCAACAAGCUACAAGAGAAGAAUUACUAUAUUCAAAAAUAUGGAAGAAGGAGGACCCUGCACUGCAUUUGUUGAAUAUCAUGGAACUGCUCCAGAAAAACUGAAACAUGAAUUGAAUAGCAAGUCACAUACUGUCUGUGAUAAGAAAUGUGCAGAAUUUUCUUUGGAAAACAUCAGCACUUCAAAAACUGAGAACACCUUGUCUGCAGUGGCUGUGUCGUGUGCAGGGUCCCUUGAAAAUGAAGGUUUAGAAGCAGACACCUACAGCAGAUUUCUACCUUUAAAUUUAAUACUUAAAAAAUUAAGAGAUUCAUCAUCUACCGAGAAUGUAUAUGCACAAGUCCCAGCAGGCUUAAAAGAGAAUCAGCAUUAUAUUGUGAAAAACAAUAUAAAUGUGCAAAGACAUCAUAAAGGUAGGAAAUGUACCUUUUGGGAUGAUAGCGGACCAUGGGUUUCACAGGUCACAACAACAGUUUCUUACUUUCUUGAAAAUGAUAAGAUAAUAAAAAAAAUUGUGGAGCAUAAUGAAGUGUACUGUACUGAACAUAAAGUCGAUGGUGAAAAAAUAUUUAUUCCUCUCGUUCCUCAACCAAAUCCGAAUCGUAUCAUUGUGUGCCACAGAAAUUCUGCAAGACAUAAAAACUCUGUUAGUUACAGAAGAAGAAUAACAUGGCUUGAGGAUGGAAGUGAUCACCUUCCAUGCUUGGCCUUUUAUGAAUACUGUGGUUGUGCUCCAGAUUGUUUAAGAUUCAGUUUUGCAAACAAGGUUGAUGGCAGUGUACAGAAAAGUUAUAUAACAGAAGAAAAUACAAGUCCAUAUUGCUGGAAUAAGUGUGCAAAUGGUGGAUACAUGUUGACUCAUCCAGGUGGAAAAUUCUUGGAUUUGUAUGAAAUUAUCAGUGCUUUACAGAUGAUGGGCAUGGAGGACAAACCUCUUAUUACAGUUCCUUAUGGCUUGAAAGAGAACCAGUUUUUCAUUGUGUGUAACAAAGAGAAUAUUGAACGACAAAAAUUGGGAAAGAAAAAUGUCUUUUGGGAUGAUUGUGGUGCGUGGAAUUCAAACUGCACCAAAACAAGUACAGAACGAUAUUUAUGUGGCCCAAAUCAAAAGCUGACACGCAUUGUAGAUGUCCAGGGAGAAAUUUGUAUUGAACGAACCAGAGAAGGAAAUCGUUUGUUUAUACCGCUGUAUCCACAGCCAGAACCAAGUACAGUUAUUGUGAUACACAGAAAUACUUCAAAACAUUCAUUGUCUGAGACAUACCAAAGAAAGGUAACUUGGCUAGAAAACAAUGCAAAUGAGUUUCCUGAAGUAGCUUGUUAUGAAUACUUAGGGGUAUUUCCUGGUCAUCAUCCUCAUAGACGUUGUAAAAAGAAAAUCAAGAAUUAUGUAAGGAUGAAAAGGAGUUUUACUGAAGAGGGCGAAUCUGCUCUUUGCCAGACUUUAGGUGGUCCAUAUGAGGAAGCAGAUGGAUUUGGUAUUGAUAACCUUAAUGUCAGUUCUUUUAAAAAGUUAAAAAAUUUACAGAAUGAAAAAAAAGUGUAUUCUAAAGAUUCAGAUAAUGGUGAAAAGAAUGGACCCAAAGAGUUUAGUCACCAUAUUGCAGGCAUGGUUCAUAGUCAUCCCUUCGUCCAAGUGGUAACGUCAUCUAAAGGUAAACAGGAGUCAGUUAUUAUGUAUAUAGAAAAUCAAUUACUAGACUUGAAGAGAUUUUGUUGCCACUCAGGAAUGAAUGAAACAGGCAUACUUAGUUUCUCAAGUAUUCAGGACUCUUGUGGAUUAACUUUGACUUAUAGCAUUUUUAAAAAUCUCUCUGUAUUCCGAAAUAAUUCAAGGCAAAAUCCCCUGUUUCCUGGACCAUUAUUACUUCAUGAAAAAUUGGAUUGCACAUCAUAUACAACUUUUUUCAUGCAUCUAGCAUUGCAGCUAGGUAAAAGCUCUAGAGUGAUUAUUAUAUCUGAAGAGAAGGAAAUGCAGGAAGCUUUUGCUCAAGCCUUUCCUUGUGGCAUAAGUUUGUCUUCAAUUCAUUACUUGCAGAAAGAAUUUUUAACAUUCCUCAAGGAACAAAAACUUGUGCAGCCAGAGAAAAGGAACCUUCUCAGGGCAUUAGUGUUUGGAGAAGAAGGAAUUGUUAGUGCAAAGGACGUUACCACCUUUUCUGAACGUGUGGAGAGGGCACAAACCAUGUGUGAUAGAGUAUCAACAAAUGUUGGCAUUUAUUUCAGAGUGAACAUAGUUCCACAUCUCAAGAACAAUUUUGAAAUGAUGGUGGAGUUUAAUAUUUCAUUGGCAGCACUGAAAUGGUCAGGCAUAAGCUGCAAUACUUUUAAAAACAGACUAAAAUAGACAAAUUACUUGAAGAAGAAAAACAUAUUGAACUAGUCAUCGAAGAGCUUUACAAGAUUGUAAGUGUGAUUUAUCGUGAUUUACAGUGUUCCCUGUAUGGACGAGGGAAAUUUAGUUUAUGCCAUGAGUACAGAAAAUUCUUGAGAACUGCUAAUGCAUGGAAUCAAAUAGAUGAGGAGGCUAGAGUCAAGCAUUUUUGUGAUUUUAUGGUUACACCUAAGCAAAAAAGAGGGAAAAAUGCUAUUUCAGAAUAAGACAUCAGAAUGUAUGGAUGAACAUUAAAUUAUUUUUUCAA